UUGUAUUGAUAAGAUUCUAUAAGGCUUCUUUUACUUUAGUUGCCCCAAAUCUGAAGCAAGGUAUUGGUUAGCCCCCGCCUCUAUAUGCAUAUAUUAUAUAUAUGUAUGUGUGUGGAUCAACCAACCUUAUGGUCAGUCGUGGUUGUUGUUUUAAGAGGAAGAAUGGCAUUUGGAAUUGAGGAUGCAGAACUGGAAGAUAUUGAAGUGAAGUUGUUCACUUGUGCCAUGCAAAGUGACUGGGAAGAAGUUGUAAGAAUAUGCGAGCAACACCCCAGUGCUCACAAGGCUAUCAUCCCUGCAUCAGGGGAGACAAUAUUGUAUAUGGCAGUCUUAGAUAUGGAAGAAAAAAUAGUUGAAAAACUGGUUGAACAGAUUAGUCCGUCCGAGCUUGAUGCUUUGAAGAUUGGAAAUGAGGAGGGAGACACUCCUCUCCAUUUGGCUGCAUCAAUAGGAAAUGUUCAAAUGUGCAAGUGUAUCACUGAUAAGGAUCGAAAAUUGGUGGGUUUUCCCAACAGCAAAGCCGAAACACCGCUCUUCUUGGCGGCCCUCCGCGGUCAGAAAGAAGCUUUUCUUUUCCUACAUGGAAUGUGUGAGAGCUCUGAACGCCACGAUUACUGUCGGAGGGAUGAUGGCAGAAAUAUCCUUCACUGCGUGAUCGAUGAAGAAUACUUCGAUUUUGCAUUCCAAAUAAUUCAUCAGUAUAGAGAUCUAGUUGACUCGGUUGACGAGAAUGGACUUACCCCUCUCCAUCUCCUGGCGAGUAAGCCCACUGCAUUCAGAAGUGGUACUCCCCUCAGCUGGUUCGAAAGAAUUAUCUAUCAUUGCGUGUAUGUUGAGGACCUCAAGGAAGAAGAGCUUCAACAACAAAGCCCUCAGACUUCUAAGAGAAAAAAGAUACUCGAGGGUCCUGAGAACUAUCAAACAUGCAUGUACUUCGGGGACAUGAUUAAAACAUCAGCAAUUACUAUAUUUGCACCAAACUGUCAGAAGGAUGAUGAUGCAGAGAACCCAAACCAAGGAAGAAAAGCAACUUCCGAGCCUCAAGGUAUGUAUGUUGAAGACCCAAAGGAAGAUGAACUUUGCCAACAACGCCCACAAACUUCUAAGAGCAAACAGAAACUCCAGUGUCCUGAGAACUGUCAAACAUCAGCUUACCAAUCAAUGAAUCGAACUCAAGAACGAAUGUUGCCACCAAAUUAUGAUAUCUGCUUCAAAUUCAUCAAGUUUGCAUACACAACAAUGCUGGUCUUCUUAGGAAUUGGAUUUGAGAAGAUAAAAAAAAUAAAAGAUAUGAAAAAGAAACAUUCAAGGGCUCUUCAGCUUGUAGAUGAACUACUCCAACAUGGGUCAAAGUCUAAGUAUAACAUUAAAGAGCAACCACGACCAAGUAACUCUUCUCCUUCAGAUACUAACCAAAAUGUGAAAGAAAGAAGUUCUUCAGUAAAAUAUGAAAAGAAAAAAGAUGGGGAAAACGAAUUUUCACUUGCUGGAAGUUCCUCAGAAACUACUAAUAAGAAAGACGAAGAAAAAAAGAACACACCAAUAUUAAUUGCAGCAAAGAAUGGUGUGAAGGAAAUGGUGGAGAAAAUCCUUGAAGUUAAUCCAGUUGCCAUUAAUGACAAGAACGAAGAAAAAAAGAAUGUAGUAUUGUUAGCAGUGGAGAAUAGACAGCCUGAGGUGUAUGAGCUCUUAGUUAAGAGAAAGUUUCGGAAAGAUAGUGUGUUCCGAGCAGUUGACAACGACGGGAACAGCGCAUUGCAUCUGGCUGCAAUGUUAAGUAAUUAUCAACCUUGGCAUAUCCCUGGAGCUGCAUUGCAAAUGCAAUGGGAAAUGAAGUGGUAUAAGUAUGUCAAGGAUUCCAUGCCACCACAUUUCUUCACUCAUUACAAUGACAAGAAACGCACUCCAAAGGAGAUCUUCACGGAAGCCCAUUCUGAACUUCUGAAGAAAGGAGGCAAAUGGCUGAACAGCACUUCCAGUUCCUGCUCCGUUGUUGCAACCCUCAUUGCGGCCGUUGCUUUCGCCACAGCUGCCACUGUGCCAGGCGACUUCAAUGAAAAUAAUGGGAAGCCAAAUCUUGCACACCAAUCAGCUUUUAAUCUCUUUGCAGUUUCAUCACUAAUUGCUCUCUGCUCUUCAGUGACUUCCCUGGUCAUGUUUCUGGCGAUUCUCACCUCUAGGUACCAAGAGGAUGAUUUUCAUGAGGAAUUGCCUCGGAAGCUUUUAUUUGGUUUAACUGCUCUAUUCGUAUCAAUUGCAGCUAUGUUGGUCUCUUUUUGUGCAGGACACUUCUUUGUCCUCAGAGAUGAACUCAAAAAUGCUGCCCUUCCCGUAUAUGCAGUUACCUGCCUUCCAAUAUCAUUUUUUGCUAUAGCCCAGUUUUCCUUAUACUUUGAUCUUGCGUGGGCUACUUUUAGGAAGGUACCACAACGAAGUUAUAAGAUGGAUUUCUAGGAUUUGAUGGUUAAAUAAAUAUGUUUGUAUGUGCUUUGUGAGUAGCUGGGAUUAUGGUUUUGAUGUGUUUUUGCUUGUUUUGUUUCUUCUACGUUUCUGAACACUCAUGUCGAGGAAGAAAAUUUAUGGAAUGACCAUUAAUUGUCC